CUCUAUCGGUCGGACGCGCGCUCAUUCAUUUACAGAGGAGCUAGCAGCUGAGCAUACGACUGCUGCUGGUGCUUCGGGAGAAGGUCCCUCGAUCGAUCAAGAGUUUUCCUGCUGUCCUGCGUUGUUUGUCGAAAUCAGUAGAUAUGGACCACUUUGAAACCAUCGACAGGCUGUUGAACUCAAUAGUGGAUAGCCUGUUUGGAGAAAGAGAUACGCGCGUGAGAGGAUGGCUGCUACUGGAUUCUUACACACCAACCUUCUUCCUCACCCUUGUCUACAUCCUUAUAGUCUACCUGGGACCAAAGUACAUGAGAAACAGACCAGCAUAUUCACUCAAAAACGUCUUACUGCUCUACAACUUCUCUGUCACCAUGUUGUCAUUCUAUAUGCUGGUUGAGCUGAUCUCAUCAGUGUGGUCAGCAGGUUAUCGUCUACAGUGUCAGGGAUUACAUGAAGCGGGUGAUGCAGAUAUCAGGGUAGCAAAAGUCCUGUGGUGGUACUAUUUCUCCAAGCUGAUUGAAUUCCUGGACACUAUCUUCAUUGUGCUGAGGAAGAAAAACAGCCAGAUCAGUUUCCUGCAUGUGUAUCAUCAUGCCUCUAUGUUCAACAUCUGGUGGUGUGUGCUCAACUGGAUACCCUGUGGACAGAGUUUCUUUGGGCCAAUGCUAAACAGUUUCAUCCACAUCCUCAUGUAUUCUUACUACGGUCUGUCUACCAUCCCAUCCAUGCACAAAUAUCUGUGGUGGAAACGCUACCUCACACAGGCUCAGCUGGUUCAGUUUGUAUUGACUAUAACACACACAGUAAGUGCAUGGGUCAUUCCUUGUGGUUUCCCAAUGGGCUGUCUGAAAUUUCAGACCUUCUACAUGGUCACACUCGUCCUCCUAUUCGUCAACUUCUACAUGCAGACAUACAGAAAAAGGAGACUGGAGGUUGAUGGAAUGACUAAGAUUGGAGAUCUUAAGAACAAUCAUUCAAAUGGCCAUACAUCCUCACUCAAUGGGAACUCCAAACACAAGCAGCAGUAAUAAGAUGACUAUGCUCUUUUCAAUACAAUUAUGUUGAACACUAGAGUAAUAGCAGGGAUAAUCAUCUGUAAUUAAACUGUAAUUUAAAAAAAAUAGAAUAGUACUUUUUAACUGUUUUGUAUUUUGUUUUACAUAUGUUCCUCUGAAGUCUCGACACGUAGUUGUGUAAAUGCUUGACUGUAAUUUUAUGCAGAGGCAGUUAAUUAUGUCACAAACAUUUGACACGUUAAACUGUUAUUUGAAGCAACUGACUCUAGAAUACUCUUUUAUACAUUUGUCUCUCAUGAAGAUAAACAGCAGUAAAUUACUUUCUAUCACUAUAUUCAGUUAUUCAACAAAAGAUGCCUUAAGAGUUCAAUCCUUUAUACUGACACAUUCUACCACACUGUAGUUUUUCAGCAUUUCUGGUAGUUUCACUAAUAUCACACUAUUCCAUGUCUUCAUUUUUGCAAAUCAAAAUUCAUGGAAAAUGCUGCAAUAAAUAUGUUUUUGGAUUCUGAAUUUUUCUGAAUCACAUUUAAAGCUAGGCGCUUCAUGCAAGUCCUUAUUUUGGGGCACUUAAAACAGUGUUAAAGGUGCAAUUCUACAUAUUCAUUUGAAUGUUUCUGUGGACAUUUUAAUUGACUGGUACAUACAGUAUGAAAACUGCUGAUAAAUGAAUGUCUAUAACAGCACUAAAUAAAGCACU